UCGGUUUCGAAAGCAACCAUUAGUUUCUAUUACAAUAUUCUCUCCAAGCAAUCCCACUCACCUAAUCAGCAGCUCAUAUCUUCUCAAGAUGCAACUCAUCAGCACCCUCCUUCCUCUCCUCCUCGCCUCCAGCUUCACCUCGGCCCUCCCAGUCACCAAGACCAAGAGAAGCGCUACCACUGUCCUCUCGGACAUCGCCAGUAUCAGCUCAGAUGUAGCUACUCUCACCAGUGACGCUCUUGCAUAUACUGGUGGUCUCUUCCAAUCUCUCGCUCUCGCUAUCACUGUGGAUUCCCUCGAGUCAGCGAUCACCACGGCAACCUCUGACACAACUUCGUCGGGAACUUUCAGCUCCGCAGACUCUGAUAGCAUCUUGGCCGCUGUGACCACUCUCACCCCAAAGAUCAUUACUCUAUUGAGUGAUCUGGAUGCCAAGGCUUCUACCAUCUCCUCAGCCGGAUACACUUCGACUGUUGCUGGAGCUCUCACAACAUUGACUACCGAUACCAAUGCUCUGUUUGCUGCUCUUGAGGCUGCGCUUGAUUCUGCUGAUUCUGUUUCUAUUGCCACCUUGCAAGCUUCUAUCGAUGCUGCGUUCGCCACUGCUUCUGCCACUUUCUAGUCUUGUUGGUUGAGCUUCUUGUGGCUUGCAUGGAAUGCCCCGCGGGGGAUCCUUGACUUUUUGUUCGUCUGAAAGUUUUGUAGCGAGCUUUGCCUUUAUUUCCUGAUCGUGAGCCAGUUACAUUCAACGCCGAGAGAAGAAUAUGGGCGAAUUUAGCUUUUCUUAGAAUUAAAAGAACAACCAAAUCUUC